UAAUCACAACAUACCCUUCUUUGUAACAAUCUCCAAACACCUUUGUAAUUUCCAUCCUCACAAAUCCCCAUUCCCAUAUUCCGUGAAUUGUUUCAUUAUUAAUAUUCUUGUGAUCAUUCAUCUUCGUUUGGAGAAUUGAAAGCGAGUAGUGAUGGGAAGCGAAGGGGAUGAGAAGAGAAUUAUAAAGAAACCAAGGUUCCUAUGCCUUCAUGGAUUCCGAACAAGUGCAGAAAUCCUUAAGAAACAGGUUCAUAAGUGGCCCCAAUCGGUGAUUAACGAACUCGAUCUCGUUUUCUUGGACGCUCCUUUUCCCUGCCAAGGCAAAUCCGAUGUUGAAGGAAUCUUUGAUCCUCCCUAUUACGAGUGGUUCCAGUUCAACAAGGAAUUCACAGAGUACACCAACUUUGAUGAGUGCUUGCAAUAUAUCGAGGAUUACAUGAUCAAGCACGGUCCUUUUGAUGGUCUUCUAGGUUUCUCACAGGGGGCAAUAUUAUCAGCAGCACUGCCAAAUCUCCAGGACAAGGGUGUGGCACUGACGAAGGUUCCCAAAGUGAAAUUUCUAAUAAUAAUUGGAGGAGCUAAGUUUCGAUCACCAUGGGUGGCUGAGAAGGCAUAUUCCUCUCCCAUUCGCUGCCCCUCCCUUCACUUUCUUGGGGAGACAGAUUUUUUGAGGCAAUAUGGGAGUGAACUAAUAGAAUGUUGUGUUGAGCCUGUGGUUAUUCACCAUCCAAAAGGACAUACAAUACCUAGAUUAGAUGAUGAGAGUUUGAAGACCACGAUGAGUUUCAUUGAAAAAAUUAAAAAAGAUAUAUGAAAAUGGGAGAUGGAUUUAGAGAAUUUCAAAAGGACUUUCGGUUGAUACAAUUUUAAUUUCUGUAUAAAUUACUAUUGUAAUUUUUGAAAGGCAAAAACGCUGAUGAAAUAUUAAAAAAUGGAGUAUCUAUAAAGGAUAGACAAUUUUUUUUU